AUGAAGCGAAGAUCCACAGGCUGUCUUAGAAGAGACUCUGUGUAUUCCAAUAAGAGCAACACAGACAUCACACAGACUACACCAACAAAGGUUUGGAGAUCACCAGGAUUUUAUGAAAUACCCAAUGUGUUUGGAAGUGAUUGUUUUCUCAAGCCUGAACCAAUCAGCGAAAAGACGUAUCACUUGCGCACACUUAACCUUCAGAAACAUAUUUCUAAACACCCUUGGCGCCCAGCAGGAUUCUGUAAUGAAAUACCUCAACUACCGCCAUUAAGAAGACCAGAAAACGAUUUUGAACGUAAACUCAGAAAAGCAUUGCCCAAAAUUCCAGUCUCGUCUCUUGACCCGCGUAACAAAUACGACGGCUUUAAAGAAAUUGGCACAGGUGUCAAUGGUUCUGUGGUAAGGGCUCAACAUCGCUACAAGAAGAAUGUGCUACUGGCUAUCAAACGAUGUCACCUUGAUCCUGAUCGUGAAUACAAGGCUUCUAUCAUACGUGAAUUGCGUAUCAUGGCUACUGGUCAUACAAACCUAAUUCGAUUACGAGAAGUUUCAUUAUGGAAACGGGAUGUCUGGAUGGCCAUGGAUUUAAUGCGUUGCUCUGUAUUUGCUGUGCUGUGUCAACGAGGCAUACCUGAACAAUAUGCAGUUCAUAUUGCCUGCGAGGCACUUAAAGGGCUUGUUUAUUUACACUCUAAAUCGUUUAUUCAUCGUGAUAUCAAAUGUGAAAAUCUUUUGUUGGGUUGGAAUGGUGAAGUCAAAUUAGCUGAUUUUGGACUUGCUACCAAGACAAACAGAUGUAACCGUGAGAGAUUAGGCACAAGCAAAUGGAUGGCACCCGAAGUCAUACGCGAACAACCUUAUGAUGAGAAGAUUGAUAUGUGGUCUCUUGGCAUCACUCUGAUUGAAAUGAUGGACCGUGUACCACCUCAUUAUUUAGUCAAGGAUGAAACAGACUUGUUUAAUACUAUUUUAAGCGAAUCCAGUCCAACAUUUACCUAUAGUUAUCCCACUAUGUAUAUGAGGGGACUUGUUGCUUGGUUGUUGGAUGAAACACCAUCAACAAGGCCACAUGCUGUUGACGUUUUACAGGAAAUUGAAAUUCAUGUUCAGAAUCAAUUGCUACAAUGUGCUACUUCAAAUGAAUUAGCACGCUUUGUUAACCAUGUCUUUGGUUCAGCAAAAUAA